AGAAUGGGCUUUCAUCCAUCGAAGCUGCAAACAAAAGGAAAGCAAGUGGUUAUAACGAAUUUGAGGUUGAACCCGGGGAAAAUCCAAUAAUUAAGUUCUUUAAGCAAUUCAUUGAAAAUCCUCUCGUUCUUUUACUUCUUUGUUCGGCCGUAAUUUCCCUGAUAUUGGGGAACCAAAAAGAUGCACUAUCGGUCUUCUUG